GGCACACUGAAUUUGCAACGGAUGAGCGAGUGUAGUUCAUUCUCAGUGCGGUUGUGUGCGUUGUGGGUUUCGAAUGAUUGUGUCGAAAAUGUCAGAGUGUGACAUAUAAUUUGUGAGUUUGUUAUUUCUGUUUAGGUAGAAUGGCAUUUCUUCUACAGCCUGAUAUUGUGCGGUAUAACUGUACUUGUGGUUCGUUGAAACCCAUCUCCAGAAUAUAUUUUUGUAGACACUGUCUGAAAAUAAGGUGCGGUUAUUGUGUAUGUCAUGAGGUAGAUUCGCACUACUGUGCUAACUGUUUGGAGAAUUUGCCUUCUUCUGAGGCUCGCCUUAAGAAGAAUCGAUGUGCAGCUUGCCUAGAUUGCCCGAGCUGUUUAAAUACUGUAUCUACACGGUCAACAAAUAUAAGUACACAAAAUCCUGAUGACCCAAAUAAGACUGUGACUCGGAAAGCAUAUUAUUUGGCUUGUGGUUUCUGUCGAUGGACUUCGAGGGAUGUUGGACUUCCAGAUCAGACAGUUGCAACUGGGGGUUGGCCAGAGAGAGAGAAUGUCCAUGCAGCACGAAUCAGCUCCCUUCUGGAACACUAUAAGGUUCUGGCAUUACGGGAGAGACAAGAAAAAGAGAGGAAGAAGUUUAUACCUCGUCGCAGUUAUUUGCACUUCUCUGAUAAGUUUGGUUUGACGGCCAUGAUGGCACGCAAGAGAGCAGGUCUGCCUACAUUGGGUGGCGUGGGGAUCAAAGAUGAAACAGGAAGCAUUCCUGAUAUAAUUCCUUCAGAGGCAGUUGAGGAGGUUGAUUCACUUCCUGCAGAUAUAUACAUCAAGCCUGUCGACCUUGCGCAAGUGACGACGCUUUCACAGCGCUUGGCACAGCCAGAAUUCCAGCCUGAACUGGUGUCAGAUCUGUUCCCAGCUCACAAGCAUCUCAUGAUCAAGAGGUCGCAACGCUGUCGUAGCUGUGAACAUAAUGUCAGCAAGCCCGAGUACAAUCCAGGCUCCAUUAAGUUCAAGAUACAGCUGGCGGCUUAUUACCAUGUUCCGGAGAUACGUAUCGUGACUUGUGAACUGCUCCGUAUCGGCCAGGAGAGCCAGCUGAUCAUCAGGUUAUGCAAUCCGACACAGCAUCAGACUGUGAUUCAGUUCCUUCCUCUUCCUUCUGCAGAAGAAGACUUGGAGGAGAGAGAGAAAGAAAUAGAAGAAAAGAAGAAAAAACAGGCUGAAAAAAAAGACGCAGAGAAAACAUCACAAGGGAGAGAUGAUGUAAGCAUUCUUCUGCCAUCAUUGUCACGUCAGACGUCCAUCUCUGAAGAUCCUCGUCCAGUGAAUGUGAAGCUUACAGGUGACGUAAUUCUACCAUCGUCAUCUGUAGUUCUUCCACCAAGAGAUGAUGCCGCAGAAUAUGACGACUCGGGGGAAACUUACCAUUUUCAGGAUGAUCCCAAGGUUGUGAUGUGGCGUAAAGCAAACAAGGCUGCUGUAAAGAUUGCUGUUGUCCCACUAGACUCAGCUACAGAGGCAGGACAUGUCCUAGUGGGAUUUGUUAUGAAGUACACAUAUGUAAACACUAUGGCCACAUUAGAUCAGAAGGAACCACAAAAAGUUGACCUGAAGGUCAAAGUAUUCAUUAAUGCUGGUAAAACUGUUGGUGCAUGCACCUAAAGCAUUAUAUAUUCUGCAUGCUUGAAGUGUGUAUGAAAUGUUCUGUCAGAGCUUUCUUAAUCUCAGUUUGAACUCCUUUAAAAGCUGCACUGUGAAAAUGUGCUGCAGAUGUGGUGUUUAGUUUUUCAUAUUAAUAUCUCUCUAUAUUUAAUCAAGGCAAGCUAUGUAAUAUCUUAUCGAAGUUGCUGCUGAUAUGCAAGUUAAAAAUAAUUUAUAAAUGUAUGUUAUGUUAAACAUAAAUUUUGGAAUAAUUGUGUAAAUAGGACACUGCAGUUGUAAGUCAUUAUUUAAAAUUAUAUGCAAAUGCUAGGACAGCUGA